GAACGGACAGGAACAUAAAGAACUUAAAUAAAUUAGUUCCCCUGUGAAAGGAAUUUUCUUUGUUACAAGAAUAUUAGAUUGAAUUAAAUCGCAAUUCAAGCCGGCAACUGCUUGUAAGGUUUUCUGUUUAUCUCUAGUGGGAAAGAAAAACCGAAGAACCUAAAGAUGGCACAUGAAUUGGAGGACGAAAGUUACGUGAUUCAGAUCCGUGCCAAACUCAACCAGCAAAAAGUAAAACUCUGGGAACUUCCGUAUUACAAUUCCACCACCCAAGAAUGCACUGAGUCAGAGCUUGAGAAACUGGCUAUUGUAUUCCAUGAGCAGCUACAAAUUUCGGUCAAAGAUUGUUUAAACGCAAUCAGAAAGCUGCAACAGAAUGCAUUGGACAAGCUUAAGAGCAAGGAUGAAUUCUCGAAGACUGGUAUCGCCACGUUCAAGAUACGAACUCCCAUGCAAGGGGCAGCUAAUCGGCACUUUGACGUGAAAGUCAAGACCACCGCAAAAGCUCAGGAACUGGCUGAAAUCGUCGCAGGAAAACUGGAAACUGAAGCGCUCAGAAUUAAAUUGGUAUGUGCCGGGAAAGUUUUGAACCAUCUUCAAACGCUUGCCGAGCAAAACGUUUCCAAUGGAGCGACUGUGAUGGCUCUGGUUAUGAUACAGAGUGCCGAUGCUGCUCAGAAGGAGAAUAGUUUAUUCGAUCGUGUCCACAAAAUUCGAAGCGACGCUGAGCUGCUUAUCAAUGAUAAUGAUCAGUCGAAUUUUCUCAGCCUAGAGGAUCAAGAUGGAAACGCCAUACAUCUUCCCAAAGCUGAAAAAACUGCCUUGCUAAUGGCUUUAACCCUUUAUGAGAAGGGAAAGGUGGCGCUAAGGAAGGAAAACUUUGAAGAAGCACUCCUACUGUUCCUAGAGGCGGACACAGAUUUUCGAAGCUGUAACUCCCAGCUUUUGACAAUGGUCGAUAACUAUGCACUGCUUAAUUUAGAUAUUGUUUGGUGUUACCUUUGCCUUAAGAAUAUUAACCAACUUCCGGAUGCGGAACAGAGACUCCGUGUGUGUGAGGAGAAAUUCCGACAAAGCUACGGUGAAAACAUGCGUCGCGUCACGGCCAUUAAAGGAACUCAACAGUGCAGUGAGAAAGCUUUACUAUUGAGACUGCACUUGCUCAAAGCGAUCCUGUACUUCCACCAAAAUAAACGAGAGGAAGCAAAGAUUAUGUUUCAAGUGGUAGAAACCGAACUUCAAUCUCUAAAAGUUGAUGACGCGUCGCUGACUACGCUGUUGGAGUUUGGCUUUGAUUUAUCCGAAUCCAGGAUUGCUCUUAGAGCGAGUACCAACAACGUAGAAGCCGCUGUAGAUUUCAUCAACAAUCGAAGGGAAGUUGUAGCUGCUAAUGAAAAAAAGUCAAAACGAGAGAAUAAUCUCUACAAGAAGAUCGGUUAUGAGCAGGCUGACGAAAUCCGCAUAAAUGUUGAUCUGGUUGAUCAACUAACCGAAAUGGGCUACUCGGAAGGCUUGGCUGCUACAGCGUUGAAAAGGUCAAACAAUGAUAUCCUGAAUGCUUUGAACGAUCUUCAAAAUAACACAGAUCUUCUUAAGCGUGAACUAAUGAGUAACAUGACGCCUUCGCAAGAUCUCAUCAGCAAACUCACCGAUUUAGGAUUUCAUAAGGAAGCAGCAUCAACAGCACUUCGUCAAACUAUCAACAACUUUGAAGAUGCUGUAGAAUUCCUCAUCACUGCGCGAAAGAACAAUGAGUACGACAAACUGCUAACAGAUCUAGAAUGCUUGAAUGCGGAGUCAUCACCAUCUGGGGAAAGUACAAAUACUCAUACUUCUGCCGCAUCACUAGUAACUGAACAGGCAGGCCCAUCGCGCAAGAAAGCCAAAAAUGAUAGUAACAGUGCAAAGAAGGAGAUGAUGGAUAUUCUCUACAAUAGCUUUUCCAAGGACAUGGAUACCAACAAUAAUAAUUAUUUGGAUCUGCCCUUGAUCGAAGAAGCAACCAUCUUGGACGAGUACAAAAAGUUGCUGAAUAUGAAGUAGAAUAAUGCCCCAUCGUGUGCAAUUUUUUUUUAAAUAU